GUGUACAAAAGUUAAUCUGUGUCGUGUCGUGUGAUAUGUUGGCAACACACUUCUGGGUUUCUGAUAGAGACCUCAAAUCGUUUUAAACAGACGUGUGGGUUUAGUUCUGUGUUACUGGUUACCACAAUUUAAUAGAGUAUGCUACAGAUAUGAGAUAAAACAUUUUUUUUUCUUGUUUUGAAACCAAAAAUUUUUAUGGAAUUCAAAUACGGAUGACAGGUUUUUUUCUAAUCAGAGCGAAACAAGUGGACAAGCUGACCCCACAUGAUGCCAGGCAGGGAGCUACAUGUUCCAGAUAACCUGAGAGUCACAGGGCGUGGCCUGUCCCCAACCCCCAACGGUUCGACUGCUAGCUCUGACGACGUGGCCAUGUCGCUGACAUCUAGGAGCUCCAUGUCGGAGGACGAGGAUCAGAAGAGUGACGACUACACCGUUCUGGAUGGCGUCAGAGAGAUGAACAUGAUACUCAACCGACAGAUCGAAGUCCUCAGGGACAAAAUCCGCAUCGACGAGAGAAACUACUGCAGCGACCGGGCUGUGCUGCUAGAGAAAAAAGAGAAGGAGCUGGACGAGAAGGAGCAGAAGAUAGAGGAGCUGAGAGAGUCGGUUAGCAGCCGAGAUGAGCAGAUCCACAAGCUGAGCCGCGCGGGGGUGGAGAAGGACAGGAUCAUCGCCAUGAAGCAUCAGGAGAUCGAGGCGCUCAGGAAGGCGGUGAAAGAAACACGGGAGUUCGCGCAGAAAAUUCAAAGACAGGUGACAAAAGUUCGCCAGCAGAAGACAAAGUUGGCGGCUGAUCCCAUGUACCAGAAGCAGAACGAGGAGAUCGUUCAGCUUAAUGAGGAGAUGGAUAUGCUCAAGGACAAGGUCGUUACCAUGGAGAUGGAGCUAGAGCGGGCCAUGAAGGUGAUAGAUCAACAGAGCGCCCUGCUCAAGAGCAUGGACACAGAAAGACAGGCAGCACAGGCUAAACUCAGAGAGGACCUGGAUAAGGCAACCAAGUCCAUGCGACAUGAGGUUGAGAGGAUGAGAGAGGUGAUGAAGCACAACUACGAUGAGAUGCGGGACAUGAAGCGGCAGAACGAGCAGAUGAGGGACGACGUCCGGGAAAUCAAGGAGAUCCUCCGGGGGAACCAGGCGCUCACCGCACGGGAACCGCCGGAAACGAAACCCCCUAUAACGCGAUCCCGAACUGUCGUUGAUGAUCGCCUGUUCACACAGCGACCCCAGCCCGAAAACGAUUUCGUCGGUCCUGGAAAAAUGGUGGGGAAAAGUAUGGGGCCCAAAUCGAACCGAAACGUUUCAAAUAUAAACAGCCAGUCUCUGGAGCCUGUUAGGGGAACCUCCCCCGUGAAGGCCCAGCCCAAGACAAACACCCACCAGGCUCAAAGAUCUCAGCCAAAUUUCCCGGGUGCUCGGCUUGAACCCCAGGCUAGAAGCUCCGUCCGAGCUGUUACGCCAGGGGGCGCUGCCACCUCAUCUAAUUUAAACUCCAACACAACCAGGAAUCUGCUGCCCCCUAUCAUCUGCUCUGUGCAAGAAGGGGGGAUCCUACCCGCGGGUAAGGCUAAAACAACAACUGUAAAGCGAGCUACUACAUUUAAAAAAUAAUGUGCCUCGAAGCAUAGUUUCUUAAAUUCCAGAGAAACGUGUGUGUGCUUUAAAAUAAACCAUGCUGAUGUUUACCCAAAACGGAACAUUUUUUCAACGUUAUGGUUUCAUUCGGCAGUCCAGAGCUCGCUAGUGACUCAAUCUCAGUUCUCAUAAAAUGACAAUCAUGAUACUUUAGUUUCGUAAGAUUCAAGUGCUCGACAAAACUACGAGCUGAAAACGAAACAAAACUUAAAUUAGUUUCUUAAGUGCCUUAAAUGUCUUGUUGUUCUUUUAUAUAUAAGUCAAUUAAGUAGGACCGUUUAUUCUUACCGACCUCCUACAAAGCAUAAAAAAAUAAUAAUAAACUGACCGUAUGAUUCCUUAAAUAUGGCUGACCAAGCAUGGAUCAUUAGUUUAUAAAUAAGUGGCCACAGAGAAUUUAAGGCUUUAAAAGAUGGCCCAGCAGUGACUUAGAAAUGGCCACGGUCAACAACAGAAUGUGGCCAAAGAUUAAACGCAGUCUCUGGCCAGCAUGUUUAACUUUCACAACAUUUCACUAGACAGAGAGGCCAUUUUAAGACCCUUUAUAGCUUCCCCAUUUUUUCUCAGACUGCUGUCUGAUAAUGCUGAAGACAGUUGUCCCACACACAAGUAAGACAUGGGGACUGUCUUACCCAUAGUUCCCUAAUUUCAUGUUGAUCAUUUUUCAUCAGUAUUACACAAACAAGAGGCCCGAAUUUUUAAAAUAUAUUAUUGUCGAAGUAGAAAUGUAUUUUUUUUUUAUUUUCACAUAAAAACAAUCAACAGAGCAUAAUUCUUCGAUUUAUUAUGCAUUGUUGUUUUUU